AUGAAAAAAGGUCAAAGUCAAGUUCAUUCGGAUUUACUGAACUUUCUGGAGGCAUUUUUGCCUAAAAAGAAGAAAAAAGUUCUGCUCGGUGUUGCUGAUAGUCGUCUAGCUGUCUCAAUUUCAGAGGCAUUUCAAUCUCUUUUACGGUGUACUUUUGCUGUUGUUGUUCAGGAAAUCCUUAGAGGAGUUCGAACACAUUUCCAUUUGUUGGCUAAGGAUUUGCCUCAUGCGUCUUUAAAUAAAGCACAACUUUCGUUGGGUCAUAGCUAUUCACGCUCAAAGGUUAAAUUCGAUGUCCAUCGUGUCGAUAAUAUGGUUAUUCAAUCAAUUGCUCUUUUGGACCAACUAGAUAAGGAUAUAAAUCUUUUUGGAAUGCGUAUAAAAGAAUGGUAUGCAUAUCAUUUUCCGGAGCUUAUUAGAUUAGUGCCAGACCUUUACAAAUAUGUUAAAUGUGCUUCUGCCAUAAUGGAUAGAGAAAAAAUUGAUAAUAAUGUUGAAGAGAAGAUUAAAGAAAUUAUUGAUGAUGAGCAAAAGGCGGCUGAAAUAAUCGAAGCAGCACGUACUUCAAUGGGAAUGGAAAUUGCUCAAAUGGAUUUAAUUAACAUUGAUGCUUUUGCCAAACGCGUUGCUGCAUUGGCUGAAUAUAGACAACGUUUACAUGAAUAUAUUAAAAAUCGUAUGGAUAGCUGUGCGCCUUCGUUGUCUGCAUUAAUUGGAGAACAAGUUGGUGCGCGUUUAAUUUCUCGUGCUGGAAGUUUAACAAAUUUGGCAAAAUAUCCAGCAUCGACUAUUCAAAUUUUGGGAGCUGAGAAGGCACUUUUUAGAGCAUUGAAAACUAAAACAAAUACUCCAAAAUAUGGUCUCAUUUUCCAUUCAACAUUUAUUGGACGUGCCCCACCUAAACAUAAGGGAAGAAUUAGCCGAUUCCUUGCUAAUAAAUGUGCAAUUGCUUCCCGUAUUGAUAGUUUUUCUGAUUUGCCAGUUCCUACGUUUGGAGAAAUGCUUCGACAACAAGUAGAGGAUCGACUAACAUAUUACGACACUGGAACUGCGCCUAAAAAGAAUAUUGAUGUAAUGCAUGAAGCAAUGGAAUUGGCAAAUGAAGAAAAGGCAAAGAUUGAAAAACUUCGCAAGAAAGAAAGGAAACGUUUAAAACGUGAAAGAGCUGCAGCAGUAGAAGAGGAUGAGGUAAUGCAAACCGAGAAUGGAGAAGGAGGUAAAGUUGAAAAGGAGGAAGAAAUUACUUCUCCACCUGCUAAGAAAAUGAAAAAGAAAAAGGCAAAGAAAGUUGAGGAAUGAAAAUUUGGGGAAAAAGUUUUUUUUUGUUAUUUAAUUUAAAUUGUUGUUUUUUUUAUUUUGAAUUUAUGAAAACAUUUGUUAAUUUUUGAAUGUUAAAGAAAUUAAAUUUAAUGAAAAAUAAAUUGAUAUUUGAAGUUAUUUUUAUUUAAGUAUUUAAAUACAGUAGUGGACAAAAUUAUAACGGCUUUCGCUUUGUUUAAACCUUUCGCCUUAUUAAUAGUAUUAAAAAAUUUAUUUAUAUGCUCAUUUUAUAGC